AUGGAUUGUGGCAUGAAAAACAAACCCGCUAAGAACAGCAUCGAAAGAAACCGCAAGUCCCUGGUCAAAUCUUUCUUCACUAGCUCUAUACCCGUACCCGUCUCCUCUCCCAUUUCCGACCUCGGCACAAAGUCAGAACUUCCAUCUCGCUCUCCAAGUAGGAUGAGCUUCCAUGAACCCACUCCACCAGACCCUCCUCGCCGCCCUCGUACUCUUCGUCGCUCAAAGAGGCUAAGUGAUGGAGGACUACAAGAUGCAAAUAUGUUCUUCAAGAAGAGCCAAGAUGUUGCAGGGAUGUUAUACUCAAUCGACGAAGGAGACUCAUCAGACAGUUCGGACGACUCAUGGCCACCGGAAGACGGAAGCCUAGACUCGGACCCAUUCUUGGCAGCAUUUGCCUCCCCCUUCCCAUCAGUAAUAGAGCCCAUACCCCACCAUGUCCUCUCUAUCGAUCUUGAGACGGAUGAGUGCCCAUCAAUUUUUCCGGUUUGCCACAACAACGAACCGCUGCCUCUGGUCAUCCUACCUCCAUCUAACUCCGUCCGCCCGCUCCCAGCACAUCAUGGACAUUCACGCAGCGCUCUACAGCAUCUCAAAUGGGUCUGGAGUUUGCGCUACGAGGAGUGGAUGAAAUAUCACCUACAACUCGAGCGCAUCGCCCAAGCCAGUGCCUACGGGGGAAUUGUCGAUGUCGCCAUCCCAGAGCCCCCUUCAUCUAGAUCGAGAUCUACAUCGCCUACAAAACCUGUGGUGCGCUCUGCGGAAAAGGGGAGGUUUGAGAUGAACCCCAAUAUCUUUCCACGGACCGGCGACCUAUCCAGCCUUCAUGAUCCCGAGGCUGCUAUGAUUGACCGUGCCUUCUGCCAUUACCCUCUGUACACGAUACAGAAGGUGCUCUUCGUCCAUGGCAUGGACACCCGUGCAUCUCGGAGCAGCAGAUGGGACCACAGUGGUGACUCAUCGGAGAAUUGUGCGUCACUAUGUGAGGACCCUCUUCCUCAGAGUCCCCCCCGCCCGUGCGUAGCGAUCUCCUCGUGCGACCUCGAUGAGACGCCCAUCGAAGAUUGGGAUUCAGCCAACACAUCGUUCUACAUGUCGGCUGAGGAGAUGAAGAACUCUAAACUGAUCCCGCUCACAGAAUCUUACCGAGAAAGGAGAGCGCGCGAGGAUAGCUGGCAGGGGCGAUGGGAGGUCUUGUCGGAGCUCGUGAAUAGCCAGCUGGAAGACGAGUUAAUCUCUAUGGAACAACACAGUGGCGAAAGGUUCAAGUCCACGACUGUGACAACUUCGAUCGGCCUUCCUGUCGUUGUACGUCCCCUAGAACAUGUACCGUCGAUGGAGCCGAAUAUCGAUGUCCAGCGACCGAAAAGUCCAGCGAAAUUCUUUCUCGGUGAUCUGGAAAACGAGAUUGAUUGGGACGAUGACGACGACGACGAGACCUACGGACUUAUCAUGGCCAAUCCCAUGUUCACAAGGCAGAAAGAAGGUCCACGAGAAGAGACCUUCGCGAUUCACACUUCGGAGAAAGGAGAUAUCAAGGUGGGGAUAAUGAGCUCGGCCACCAUGGUCUGCGUCUGA